CUUUUGACAGUUUCUUUCUUUCUUUCUUUUCCUCUCUUCUUAUUCCACCCCCCUCUCCUCUCUCCUCUUCUUCUUCUUCUUCUUCUUCUCCUCUCUCUCUCUCUCUCCCCUCCUCUUCUUCUCUCUCCACGCUCAAGAUUUCUCCACUCUUGAAAAUCAGGUUGAUCUAUCUCAGUUUGACGAAGGUUGAAGAAGGUUAGUGCAUCAUAUCAGAAUUCCCACGGUAGAGACUGGCCAGAGCUGAAUUGGGGGCAUGUAUAUAUAAGAAGAGGAGGGAUUGUUUGGCUAGUAGUAUUUUUUAUUUUUAUUUUUUCAUGGAAGAUACUUGAUUGAGUUGAUAGUGAAGAAUGAAUAAGAGUAGUGGUACUCAGUUGGGUUCAAUCAGUAGCUCUGAUCUAAUUGAUGCAAAGCUUGAGGAGCAUCAGCUUUGUGGAUCCAAACACUGCCCUAGUUGUGGCCACAAGCUCGACGGAAAGCCGGAUUGGGUAGGUCUACCAGCAGGAGUGAAAUUUGAUCCAACAGACCAAGAAUUGAUAGAACAUCUUGAAGCAAAGGUGGAGUCUAAAGAGUACUCUAAAUCUCACCCUUUGAUUGAUGAAUUCAUCCCCACCAUUGAAGGUGAAGAUGGGAUUUGCUAUACUCAUCCUGAAAAACUCCCAGGAGUCACAAGAGAUGGCUUGAGCAAGCAUUUCUUCCACAGGCCGUCCAAGGCCUACACAACCGGAACGAGGAAGAGGAGGAAAAUCCAGACCGAAUGCGACUUACAAGGCGGUGAAACGCGGUGGCACAAGACCGGGAAAACAAGGCCGGUGAUGGCGAACGGGAAGCAAAAAGGGUGCAAGAAAAUCCUGGUACUAUACACGAACUUCGGGAAGAACAGAAAACCCGAGAAGACGAAUUGGGUAAUGCACCAGUACCACUUGGGGCAGCACGAGGAGGAGAGGGAAGGAGAGCUCGUGGUGUCGAAGAUAUUCUACCAGACCCAGCCGCGGCAGUGCAACUGGUCGGAGAGGAGCAGCACCGGCGGAGCCGCGGCGGACGGCAGUGGGAGUUGCUCUUCUUCAAAGGAAGUGAUGGCUCAGAGGUCUGAGGAAAUGUCUGGUGGGGGAGUUGGUGGUGGAAUGUCAAGUUAUUGUGCUGCUAUGGAUAUUGGACAAUUGAAAGCUGACCAAUUUGGUUUCGCCCCAUUUAGGAAAAGCUUUGAUGAGGUUGGAGUGGGUGAGGCUUCAACUCUGAGGGAGGCAGCACAAGGCACGUGCGAGGAGCGUGACAUCCAGGAGCAGCAGAUGCCUCCUCAUCACGUGACCACCCAUGAGCAUCACCAACAACAACAAUAUCACCAUAAUAAUCCACAUCAUCACAGCAUUGCCACGGCGGCGUUCCACGUCAGCAGGCCCUCCCACCCAAUCUCCGCCAUAAUGUCUCCACCCAAUCCUUUGGUCCAUCACACCUCCAUUAUUCUUGAUCAUGAGGAUGCCUUCCAUGUCUCCAGAUUAAUGCUCCAAAAUGAUAAUUUCCAGCAGCAACAACAGCAGCAGCAGCAGCAACAUCAUCAUAAAAUGGGAGGGAGGUCUGCAUCUGGAUUGGAGGAACUCAUCAUGGGCUGCACAUCAUCCACUUCUGAUAUCAAAGAAGAGUCAUCAAUCACAAACCCACAGGAAGCAGAAUGGUUGAAGUACUCCAACUUCUGGCCCGACCCUGACAAUCCGGAUCAUCAUGGGUAGAAGCACCCAAAAGGAAAAAAAUAGUACUACUCCAAGAAAGAAAAAAAAAAAAAAUCAAAACCCUAUAGAGACAACAUCAUUAUCUUACUCAUCAUUACUACUUGAAGCCCCUUCCUCAAGUUCUUUUUCAGCAGGAGGCCAAGACUCAUCAAUGGUUUGCCCUCCUUUUCUCGAAGAUUACUCGGCGGUCCCUUACCACCACGUCAGCUUUGAUCUCAAUCUGUUCAAGCAAAAAAACGCGGCACUGCUGUACCAUAUUGUUGGGAUUCUCUCCUCGAGAGUGAUGAAGAUAUGAAAAAAUGAAUCUCACAUUUUCAUACAGUGGAAUCCCAACAAAAUGGGACAUACAUUGUCGCGUUUUCUUUAUGUGGUCAAUUACGAGUGGUUCAGAACCAAAACUGACGUGGUGGUUUGAGAUCCGCAUAAAACUAGUCCUUUUUUCUCCCUUUCUUGUUGGGGGCUGGCCGGCUAAGGUCUGGUGGAUCAACUGAACACAACAGCCAUGUUGGAAAAGCAAAGAAAGAGAAGGAGAAGGAGAAGGAGAAGUAUAUCAAAAGAGAAAAAGAAAGAGAAGAAGCAAAACAAAAGAAAAGGAAAAGACGAGCCCCAAGAAAAAGGCUGCUCCCCUCUGUCAUAAUAGAAGUGGAACCCAAGACCCAAAAGCAAAAAAUCCACAUCUUUCAUGAAAAUCAUCACCAGAAUGAUUACAGUCUCAUCUCUCCCUCUCUCUUUAUGGCUAUUCUCAUUAUAUUUGUUUAUUUUUAGCUGAUUGGUUUUUCUCUUUCUUUUUUUUUGUUUUGUAAUUGUUUGUACAAGAAUCCACCACUUGGGGUUUGUGCAAAUUCCAUGCAGAAGAUACAUAUAUACUUUGUUAAUCGAAUGUAUGUUGUGCAUAGCCACUUUUUCGAAUUCGAAUAUGUAUUUCGGGAUCCAA